AUGUCUACUAUGAGAAAAUUGUCCACGUUAUCAAGAUGGGGUGGGCUAAUCCUGCUCUCCCUCAUUCAAGUAUCCGGGUCUUCAACCAUCGAGAGUUACAUACACAGUUCCUGGCCGGUCGAUCUACCUGCUCUGUCUUACUCUACUACAGUCCCGUGGACCCACACCAUUAGCAUAAGUGCCUCCACCCUCCCAUCCACCUCUACCACCGGAUGGAGUAUUGAUAUAGCGGGUGGUAGUGGUAUAUCUAUUCUUACUGAGGUGAUGACCAUCACCAGCACCGCUCCUACUAUGUUGAUCAGCGAGACCGUAUGGGAAAAGAGCGAAGUUUCUCAACCACCUUCAUCAAGCUCAAGCUCCGCUGAAGGUCUCAAGCCAUCUUCAACUUCCACUACGGAAACUCCUGCACAGACCAGCUCCCAAGCGGAAGAUGAAGAUAAACAGAAAGCGGACGAGCUGGUUGAAAAGGCUAAGAAUGAUUGUAAUGAGUAUUUCGGAUGUUUUGCCAUAAUCCUAGGUUCCGAUAAAGUAAGACUUGAAGUAUCACAAGGGGAACCAAUCACGGGACCGGAUUACUGGUCUGUAAAAUUAGAUAAUUCAGCUCAAGAUUAUAGUUGGAAAUCCUUCAAAAUCUUCCUUGAUGGUGAUGAUAACCAAGGUUUGAUGGACAAGGCAAUCUGCGAUUUCUCAAUCAGACCCGCUGACAAAGAUAAAUUCGUUACCUUGAUUGCGACUAAUGUUGCACCGUAUUUCAAACUCGAUGGUGCGAAUGAGGAAUAUAUCACUUUCAAAGGUCAAAGCUGUCGAUUGGCUUGA